CGUGUUAACACAGGUCCGUCCCUCUCGCCGCCGAUCUGAUGCCGCGGCGUUGAAGCACCACGUAACGCCGGAAUUGUCCACCUGAUAUGCGUCGUCGAAAUCGAACUGUGAUAUGCAUCAGACCCUGGGCGCGUUACGCCUCGCAUACCGCUCGUGUAUCGCUCGCCUCGUGAAGUCGGGUCUGAUCGACAACGCUGUUCAGGUGUUCGAUGAAAUGCGCCACUCGAGCUGCCGCGUGUUCUCCGUGGAUUACAACCGGUUCAUCGGCGUAUUGGUAAAGGAAUCCAGAUUCGAGCUCGCCGUGGAGUUCUACAGGGAAAUGACGCCAAUGGGUUUUUCGCUCACCCCGUUUACAUACUCGAGGUUUAUAUCGGGUUUAUGCAAAGUCAAAGACUUUGAUUUCAUUGAAGCUUUGCUGAGGGACAUGGGCUGUCUCGGCUACGUUCCCGAUGUCUGGGCAUUCAACAUAUAUUUGGAUCUGUUGUGUAGGGAGAGAAAGGUUGGGCUUGCUGUUGAGACGUUCUUUCGUAUGGUUCAGGGAGGUCGGGAACCGGAUGUUGUGUCUUAUACUAUACUGAUUGAUGGGUUGUUUAAAGAUGGAAAGAUCAAUGAGGCUGUCGAGAUUUGGAAUGAUAUGAUUCGUAGAGGGAUUAGGCCGGAUAAUAAAGCAUGUGCAGCACUUGUUGUAGGUUUAUGUGAUGCUAGGAAGGUUGAUUUGGCUUAUGAGAUGGUGGUGGAAGAGAUGAAGACUGCAAGAGUUAAGCUGAGUACAGUGGUUUAUAAUUCGUUGAUUAGUGGGUUUUGUAGGGCAGGUAGGGAGGACAAGGCAAAAGCAAUAAAAUCCUUUAUGAGCAAGAAUGGAUGUGAGCCGGACGUUGUUACAUUCAAUGUAUUAUUGAAUCAUUACUGCAAUAACCUCAUGUUGGAGAAAGCAGAGAGGUUGAUGAAGGAGAUGGAGAGAAGGGGGAUACAGCCUGAUGCUUACAGUUACAACCAGUUGCUUAAAGGAAUUUGCAAGGCUGGUGAGCCUGACAAAGGCUAUUUGUUCAUGACAAAUGAGAUAGAGCCCAGAGGGUUUUGUGAUGUUGUCUCUUACAGUACCGUGAUAGAAGCAUACUGUAAGGCAUCAAAUACAAGGAGGGCUUAUAAGCUUUUUGAGGAAAUGAGACAGAAGGGAGUAGGAGGUAGUGUGGUCACUUACACCACUCUUAUCAAGGCCUUUCUUAGGGAACAUAGCCUUAGCAGCUCUAGCAUUGCAAAGAAACUUCUUCAUCAGAUGACAGGGGCAGGUCUAUCACCAGAUCGUAUAUUUUACACAACCAUUCUUGACCAUUUGUGUAAAUCUGGGAAAGUUGAGAUGGCAUGUAGUGUUUUCAAUGACAUGGUAGAGCAGGGAAUCACACCUGAUGUAGUUUCGUAUAAUGCCCUUAUAAGUGGUCUUUGCAAGUCCUCUAAAAUAGUUGUGGCUGUGAAAUUGUUCGAGGAAAUGCAAGAUAAAGGUUGUAGUCCUGACAAGUUGACUUUCGAUUUGAUAAUUGGGGGACUCAUACGGGAAAACAAACUAUCCCUAGCCCACAAGGUUUGGGAUAAGAUGAUGGAUAAAGGUUUUACCCUUGAAGGACAUUUGUCUGAGACACUAAUAAAUUAUCAGCUCAGCAAGUGCAGCGUAAGCACAAAAGGGGUAUAGAGCUUUGAAAUCCUCCAUGUUGUAUUUCCUGUGCAAAAGGCUAUCUUAAUCAAUAGCCGAAAGAUUUGCCGAAGUAACAUGCUACACGGUGGCCUGGAGCUGUUGAUAAACUGUCAUUUACGCCUGAAUUGUUGCCACCUGCACUACAGAGAAAUGAAAGAGGAAGUUAUCAGCUGACUCGAUUAUAUUAGUGGAGAAAUAUCACUCUUAGUGGUCAAGCUGUGAAGCAAGAGGCCAGUUCUCUUGAUCUAUCGUGGCAAAACUUCUCUUCUGUAGAUUUAAAUCCAUUCCUCAAAAAUUAGACUGAGCAUUUUGGAGUGAGAAAAGUUUUUGCCAACACAUUGGUCCUGCUCAUUGUCUUGCGGGAUAGGAAGCAGCAUUAAACACCUGUAUCGAUGGAAUCUCGGCACAUUCUCGCUUGUUCGCCAUUGUUGCCGAAUAAUGAGAAUAGGUCUCUAGCCCAUUGACCUCUCCCCAAACCACCAUGGCUCAGGGGCCAGACCAUGGAUGCUCGACCUCUGGCCACUGAGACCGGAGAGGAGACAUUACCACCGCGGGUCAGCAGUCAGAUGUCAGGUGCUCGACCCAUGAUGCUCGACCUCAGGCCACUGAGCCCAGAGAAGAGCCAUUACCACCACGGUUCAGCGCCCAGAUCUCGGAUGCUGCUCGACCUCUGGCCACCGAGCCCAGAGAGGAGCCAUUACCAGCACGCCAUAGCCCAAGCCCUGCUAGGCCACUGCCACUGGGAUGUAAAUUACGUCAAGUGGUGGAUUGAUACGUUAAAUGGUGAUGUAGAUUACGUUUAAAACACUGGAUUGUUGUUGUAUGAUUCAUCGGGUUUCCAAUGAUAUAAAUAGAUUAUUAGAUACAUAAUUGAAAUGGGUUCUUAGAUGUGAUUGCUGUCGAUCUCAUUGUUGAGAUACUUGGCUAAGUUUGCAAGUGAAAUCACUGGUGAGGUUUGCUUGUGUUUCACAACAUGUAGCAAUGGUGUGUCUAGUUAUAUAAAGCAUGAAAGUAUCGACAUAACACUCGGUGUUUCAGUACAGCAAAAA